UUGACAAGUGCAGAAGCUCUACAUAUGUACUACAUAUAACAUUUCGCUUUAAAAUGUCUCCCAACAACAACGAAUCUAACAUUGUUAAGACCGAAGCUGGCACAAUAAGGGGAUUGAGAGCGGAAGACGGUACAUACAAUAUGUUUAUGGGUAUUCCGUAUGCAAAACUUGGAAGAAAUCCUUUUGGGCUAUCAAUGCCCCAUCCAAAGUUUGAAAAGAUAUUUAGUGCUGACGAUGACUCUGCAGUCAGUCCUCAAUUGAACGAAUUUAAUAAUAUUAUCGUCGGAAGCUUGGAUUGCUUACAUCUAAAUAUUUAUGUACCGGAUAUAAACGAGAGUCCUCUUCCUGUCAUGGUAUGGAUUUAUGGUGGAAGGUUCGAAAUAGGAUUCGCAAGCAGAUAUUUAUAUGGUCCAAAAUAUCUUAUGAAACAAAAUGUGAUAUUAGUAACCGUGAACUAUAGAGUUGGACCCUAUGGAUUUUUGUGCUUACAUAAUCCGGAAGUACCCGGCAAUCAAGGCCUAAAAGAUAUUCGCCUGGCUUUACGCUGGAUUAAGAAAAACAUCAAAUAUUUUAAUGGCGAUCCUAACAAUAUAACAGUUUUCGGUGAAAGUUCGGCUGCCACAACGAUCGAUCUAUUUCUUAGUCUAGAUGAAUGUCUUUUUGAUAAAGCAAUAAUAAUGAGUGGUACAAUAUACCGCCCGUUAGUUGUGCGAGAAGCAGAUAUUACUAUAGCGAACAGAAUCGCAGCACAACUUGGUUUUCAAACUGAUAAUGGAGAGUUGGCAGUACAAUAUCUAUCAAAAAUACAUCCGCAUUUGGUUAUUAAAGCUUAUUUAGAUUUGGGAAUCAUUUUCCGUCCAUGUGUAGAGAAAAUAUUUGAUGGAAUCGAUCCACUCAUAACGAAUUAUCCAGUGAAUAUGUCUAUAAGGAGAUCUAUUCCUAUAAUGAUGGGAUACUGCGACUCGGAGACCAUGUUCCGUUAUCACGAUAAGGAAACAUUCAGUAAAAAUAUAUUUAACCUUUACAUAAACUCUACUUACGAUUUAGACGAAGACGUGGACGUCAGUAAUAUAGUGAAACAAUUCUAUUUAGGUGAAAAGGAAAUAUCUAUAGAGGUCAUAAGUGAAAUAAGCGCCUUCGAUUCGGAUUUUAAUUUUGUUCAUCCAAUCCAAACUAGAAUUAAAGAAUUAAUAUCACACGGAUCAACUGUUUAUCAUUACAUGUUCACAUAUUCUGGUGACCGAAAUUUCGUUAAGAAGAGAUGUAAAAAAAAGUUAAAAGGAGCAUGUCACGCUGACGAUAUCGCAUUUUUAUUUGACAUAUCAUAUGAAGGGAAACCAACGGAUAGAGAUCAAUUAGUGAUUAAUAGAAUGACGACUUUGUUUGCAAAUUUUGCUAAAUACGGAAAUCCUACUCCAAACAUAUCAAAGCUCCUACCGGUCGAAUGGCCUCCAGUGAAACAAGACUUAUCCUGUUUUGUAAUAGGGGAUGAUCUGUCGUACUCGAUGCGGCCAUUCUACGAUAGAAUGUUAUUUUGGGAUUUAUUUAGCGAAUUUUACGAGAACAAAUUAAAAUAUUUCAAGGUAAAUAAAACGACAAAGUGACGAAUGAAAGGAAAUGAAAAAUAUAACAAUACAAUAGAUAUUAUGUAAUUUCAUUUAUGACAAAAUGCAUGACAGAUGAAAUGAUAUUGAAGUAAUGAAAAAACGUGACAUCAUAAGACUCGGUUUGAGACUCUUUGAUCUUCCCAACAACACUUAAAUACUUUUAAUUCUAAUGUU